UUCUCCUUCCCCUUUCGCGCCUACCUCAGGAGCUCUCCCUGCAGCCUUCCUCAUCCACCAUGUCUCGGCAGUCCACCAUCACUUUCCAGACCGGUGGCCGCAGGGGCUUCAGCACCGCCUCGGCCACCACCCCAGCUGCUGGGCGCUCCCGCUUCAGCUCUGUCUCUGUGGCCCGCUCCACAGGAGGCAGUGGAGGGCUGGGCAGGGUCGGCGGCACUGGUGCUGGCUUUGGAAGCCGCAGCCUCUACAACCUGGGGGGGACCAAACGGGUCUCCAUUGGUGGGUGUGGCAGCAGCUUUCGAAGCAGCUUUGGUGGCAGGGCAAGCAGUGGGCUUGGAGUCAGCGGUGGAUUUGGCUAUGGGGGUGGAGUUGGAGGGGGAGUUGGGGGCUCUGGCUUCCCCAUGUGCCCCCCUGGAGGCAUCCAAGAGGUCACUGUCAAUCAGAGUCUCCUGACUCCCCUCAACCUGCAAAUUGACCCCGCCAUCCAGCGGGUGCGGAAAGAGGAGCGGGAGCAGAUCAAGACCCUCAACAACAAGUUCGCCUCCUUCAUUGACAAGGUACGGUUCCUGGAGCAGCAGAACAAGGUCCUGGAGACCAAGUGGAACCUCCUGCAGGAGCAGGGCACCAAGACUGUGAGGCAGAACCUGGAGCCCCUCUUUGAUACCUACAUCAGUGACCUCCGACGGCAGCUGGACAGCCUCAGCACUGAGAGGGGCAGGCUCGAAGCUGAGCUGAGGAACAUGCAGGAUGUCGUGGAAGAUUUCAAAGUCAGGUAUGAAGAUGAAAUCAACAAACGCACGGCUGCUGAGAAUGAGUUUGUGGCCCUGAAAAAGGACGUGGACUGUGCCUAUAUGAACAAGGUGGAGCUGGAGGCCAAAGUCAACUCUCUGACUGACGAGAUCAACUUCUUCCAGAUGUUCUUUGAGGCAGAGCUGUCCCAGAUGCAGACCCAGGUCAGCGACACGUCUGUGGUCCUCUCCAUGGACAACAACCGCAACCUGGACUUGGACAGCAUCAUCGCUGAGGUCAAGGCGCAGUACGAGGACAUUGCCAACCGCAGCCGGAGCGAGGCUGAAUCCUGGUACCAGACCAAGUAUGAGGAGCUGCAGGUCACAGCGGGCCGACAUGGCGAUGACCUCCGUAACACGAAACAAGAGAUCUCCGAGAUGAACCGGAUGGUCCAGAGGCUGAGAGCUGAGAUUGACAGCGUCAAGAAGCAGUGCUCCAGCCUGCAAACAGCCAUCGCUGAUGCAGAACAGCGUGGAGAACUGGCCCUCAAGGAUGCACGGGCCAAGCUGGUGGACCUGGAGGACGCCCUGCAGAAGGCCAAGCAGGACAUGGCCCGGCUGCUGCGUGAGUACCAGGAGCUGAUGAACGUCAAGCUGGCCCUGGAUGUGGAGAUCGCCACCUACCGCAAGCUGCUGGAAGGCGAGGAGUGCAGGCUGAGUGGAGAGGGAGUUUCUCCAGUCAACAUCUGUGAGUAUGGCAUCCUGUCUGUCAGCUGUGGUGGAGGCGGGAUGACGCCUGGAGCUGGAGGCAUCCAUGAGGUCACUGUCAACCAGAGUCUACUGACCCCCCUCAACCUGGAGAUUGAUCCCUCUCUCCAGCGGGUGCGGAAGGAGGAGAAGGAACAGAUCAAGAGUCUCAACAACAAGUUCGCCUCCUUCAUUGACAAGGUGCGAUUCCUGGAGCAGCAGAACAAAGUCCUGGAGACCAAANGCUACUCCUUCACCAGCAGUGGCGGGCACAGCCUGGGUGGAGGCCUGGGGGGCUCUGGCUUCAGUGCCAGUAGCAGCCGGGGCCUAGGGGGCAAUGGCUCUAGUGUCAAGUUUGUCUCUACCACGUCCUCCAGCCGGAAGAGCUACAAGCACUGA